AGAGGCGUGGCGAGGAUUCUUCAGAGUUUUCUGCCUCGGAAAGCGAUGAGGAAGAAGCGCGUGUGCGGUGGCUUGGAUUGCGUGCUCGCGAUAUUAUCGCAAUAGAGAUCGAUAUACCAACUGGCGUGAUGUCGCUUUUUGUGAACGACGAACUACUGCAGAUGUCACAGCCAGGCUUCAUUCUUCCAGAUAAGUUGCAGAAGGCGCUGGAGCGCAAGGCGGUGCAUGCUGUUAUGGAUCUUGGCGCGGCGUCGAGCGCCUCCGUUCAGGAGCCUCGAAGCGGUAAAAAGAGUGUGUCGAGCAUAUCUUUCAUCCCAGGUCCGAUGGCCCUCGGUGUAUCUCGACAGCUGCAGAUUUUCAGCGAUAAGUGCGGGCCCGAUGGUUCGACGAGUCGCAGGUUCCAUGAAUUUUGUGGAACUGGCGUCAGCCUAGGCAACAAUGGACUGAGUGUGCGUCGCGUGCACGUUCCUGAACAGCAGGUUGCAAAAAACUUGUCUACUCCUGGCGCACCAAAUCGGCGACAAACCAAUUUGGGCGCACUAGGACGAAACCCAGUACCGUACUGGCCUCAUUUGGGCGGAAUCUUCUUCGAAUGCACGAUAGACAUUCUUGCCGAAGGUAGCAAAGGGGGUACAGCGACGAGUUCGUCAUUCUUCUCUAAAGAAAGGACUACAGCUGGAACUGCUGACAACAGUUGUAGUAGCGAGCAAGGCUUCACGAUCGGAUUGACUUCGGUGAGCCCGUCGCGCCUAGCACAGCCGGGCUCAGCCUGUCCUGGUCAGAUUAACACUGCCGACCUGGAUCCUGCGUGGGGAGUUUGUAUUGAUGGUCGGGUGUGGCACGGAGGAAUAUCGCAAAUGAAGCACGACUUAGGUGCCGUGAAAAUCGAUUUGAAGCCUGGAGACCGAUUCGGAUUGUUCCUGGCGACAAAGAAGACGAAAAUCGCAAAAGAUAGUGUCGUCAACACAGCAAGCGAUUUUGGUACAACUUCUAGGAACUACUUUUAUCGUGGGCAACUGUUUCUCGUUCUCAAUG